AUGGCGGUGUACUACCGGUACAGGAGUGGCGUGGACACGUUCUCUCUGCCUGUCUCGGCGCCCUCCAUCUCCGUCGGCGAGGUGAAGCGCCUAAUCAUGAGGACGAGCCGCCACGGUAACGGCCGGACACGCGGCCGGGGUCCGAGGGAGGGCAUCGCGAUCUCCGACGCGCAGACCGGCGAGGAGUACACGGACGAUAUGGUGUUGGUCCUGCGCAACUCGACGGUGCUGGUGCGCCGAGUCGCCGGGCCUCCGGCCGAUGCCAUCGUGUCGCCAUCCACGCAAGUCCCCAAAGCGACGCAAGACGGUGGCGGUUCUUCGUCGGAUUCUUCCUCAAGGUCGAACUCGAGCGUAUCGGCGGCCGAGGAGGGUGACGAGGCCAAGGCUACCAGCGCGGUGAUCGACGCUGCGGAACUCAAGUGGGAGGGCCGGUCUCCUUACAACAACCGUGGCGCAGCAUACCAUGGGCGGGCGCCGCAUGCCGGCUACGUCUGCCGCAGGUGCCGCGUCCCGGGCCACUUCAUCCAGCACUGCCCCACCAAUGGCGACCCGAGAUUCGACUUCGGAAAGGCGACGUCAGUGAUUUCCCCUGCGCCCGCGGCACCAGUCAAUGACGACGGCGUCCCGGCGGAUCUCCACUGCAAGAUUUGCCGGAAGGUGAUGGUGGACGCGGUGGUGACGAGCAAGUGCUGCUUCAGCAGUUUCUGCGACAGGUGCGUCAGAGCCCACAUCGUCGCCAGCUCCAAGUGCGUGUGCGGGGCGCAGGCGCGCGCAGACGACCUGAUCCCUAAUCCAGCGUUGCGCACCACCAUCUCCAACAUUCUCGCCUCCAGGGCCAGCAGCAGCGUUUCUGGCGGAACAACAGAGAAGCAGAGGAGUUCCGUAUACAGCAACGCGGCCGCGGAGCCCACGUCUCAGAACCAGAGUCCGGCCGCCUCAGAAGACAGCCACGUUUCUUCCAAGAAGGGCACCGCCUCGGAGCACAGCGACGGAAGCGAUUCAACAUCGACGCAUGAGCCAAGAAAGAAGAAGCGCGAGAUGAUGGACACAGCGGGAGCGCACGGCGCCAACCAUGCCGGUCAUCAGUACGACGGCUGCUACGACGUUCCUCCAUUCGCCCCGGCAUGCUACGAUCAUGACUUCUUUGGUUGGAUGCCGUGGUCAGCCGAUCCUUCAAUGUACCACGGCUACGGCGGCAUGCCUUACCCUUACGGUGACACCGGUUACCCGACGGGCCCGCAGCAUGUCGACGCCAUGGACAACAUGGCAGCUUCGUAUGGGUACCACGGCGAACGCCAUGACGGCAGGAAGAGGACGGGGUGCGACGAUCAGAGGCAGCAUGACCGAAGUUUCAAGAGAAGGUGCGGCGGGAGCAGAGCACAGGUCGCGUUAGUUCUGACGUGA